AGUUCUUAAAAUUAAGCACAAUUAAAAAGCUAAUUAUUGAAAUAGAUCGUACUAAAUCGUAAGUUACAAAAGUUGAGGGGUUAAAUAAAGAAUAUAAAGUAUUUGCGGGGUCAAAACAGAAGUACUCGCACAGAUUUUUCAGUUCUGUCUGAGCAAAUUUAACUCAGUUCUCAGCCUUGAAGUCGAAAUCCAGUUUUCGGAUUUGAUCAGUGAUUUGAAAUUCGGAAACGUAAGAAUUUAGGGAGAAAAAAUGGCGGGAGCGAGUCGUGUAUAUUCUGUCAGUCAGAUCAUACGCAAUCCAACAUCCAACACUCGUCUCCUUCACGCCGAUGAGAAGGUCGUCGCGUUUCAAGACAUCAAGCCCGCCGCUCAGAGGCACUACCUACCUGGUUAUUCCAGUAGAACACAUUCCAACAGUGAGAGACCUUCAGAGAAGAGAUGAAGAUUACUCAUUGGGUUGGUUUCACUCAAAACAAAAUACAUCAGUUUCUCAAUCUUGUAUUCUUUAUGUAUAAAGUCACAUGCUAAGUGUUGGAAACGAACUGUUGCAUAAAGAUGCACCUCAAACCUUACAUAGCAUUAACCUCAUCUGUACCUCCACGCAGAUUUGGUUUUCACCAGCCACCUUUUAACAGUGUUGAUCAUCUCCAUCUCCAUUGUUUUGCACUAUCUUUUCUGCCCAGAUGGAAAGCUGUCAAGUACAAGUCUUUGGGACCUUUUUGGUGGUUUUAUUGAAGCAGAGACAUUAAUGGCCAAGAUAAGGCCUCUUCACCCAAAGGUGUAACUGAAGAACCGACUCACCUACUUCAUUGCUUGGUGCUUCUCUUCUUACCUAAAAAGACUCUGCUUCUAUAUAGUAUUUUCUGUUCUUUUGUUGGCAAAUCUGUUAUGGAAUGCCAAAGUAUUAUUGUGGAUUAUAUAUGCUAAGUUGCAGUACCUUUAGCGUCUUUGGAUGAUAGGUUCUCUUAGAUCAAGUACAAAUAAAUUAUUUGUUAUGGUGUAACAUUCUGCUGAAGUCUAAAAGGAACCACUGGAACUCAAGAAUAUAGGCCUAAUAAACAACAAAGCUUCUUACUGUUGUUAUGUCUUCAGUAAUUGAAAUUCUUGAUUUUGCCCAUUGUCUUGAACGAUUUGGCCCCACAAAUUAUAAGUUUUUUUGGAUGGAUCUUUGUUUGGUUCUUGCUCUGUUUUUUUUAGUUAUAAGUUCUGUGCAGGACAGCAUAUACAAAAUCAACAAAGCUUCUCACUUUCCUGAAUUUUGUAAUGCCGUUUGAACAAAGUUUCAAGCGAUCAUGCUGUUAUUAUUUGAUAAAGCAGAGAACUUUUACAAUAAAAUAUCGAUUUCUUUUGUUGAUUGGCAAUGAUUAUUGAUCAAGAGAUUGGUGAGUUCUCUUCUUCUAAAAUGGUAAUAACAACUCUUAGGUUUCUUCGGUAUGUUAUUAUUUACCAUGUCUCGUUGUUUUGCCACUAUCGCUGUGUCACCUUAUGGUACGACCUGUCUAAGUAGUUUCUUGGAACAUGUUCGCAGAUUAACCACAUGAAAUCUAUACAACUUAUGGAAGUAAGUAGUAAUCUCAUGUAUAAAUUAGCUUCUUAAUUAAAUUAAAUCUUUAAGCUUAUAACUUUCAUUUUACGUCGUUGUUAAUUUACUAUGCAAUCAACAACAAUUUUCUAGGGAAUAAUACAAAUAAAUUUUAUCAACUAUAUGGAAACAAUAGACAACUCCACCAACAAAUAGAAUUUCACAUCCUUUCCAUUUCUAUAUUUGUUGAACAAUAUUUAUUCUAUACACACUUGUGGAGAAAUGACAAAAGGGCUUUUGAGUUUUGAAUUGUGAAACAGCCUUUGAAUCUGUACAACAAGCCUACUAUUUUUCAUCCUUAAUUAUGAUUUAAUUAGGCAUUUAAGAUUUUCACCAUUAACUCAUUUGAGUCUUCAACUCUAUACUUAUCUGAUGAUGAUGACCGAUGUGCCUAUUCAAGUUGUAACAAAUAUAGUUUUAUGUGAAUUAAAUUAAGAAAAACUAAGAAAUUGUUCCACAAAUAAGAGGAAGACGCGUGUCUCUUAGCUACUGUAUUUUUGUCGUUUUCGACUGACAAAAUCUUCCCUCCUGGGUUGCCUUCCUCCCAUAAAGAUCCCCCAAAAACUAAAGUCGUAAAAGCUAAAAACUCAGAGAGAGAGAGAGAGAGAGAGAAAGAGAAGAAACCCUAAUCAGUAGCUUACAGCUUACAAACUCACUCUGCUGAAUCAUGGCCGCCGUUCCUCUACCUCCCAUCCCUCAAUCUCCCGAAGGAUUCUUGAACCCGUUUCUGUUGAACGGGCCAAAAGGGUUUGAUGAGUUCACUCCGCUUGCUGAGAACGAUGACACUUUCGUGAGGCUUGACCUUCCCGGCGUCCCAGAAGAGUGCGUGAGGGUUGGCCUUAGCCGUUCGAAGAAAGCUGUGAUCGUCUACGGAGAAGCACCCAAGGUCCACAACCAUGACUCCUCUUCCCGUAAAUACCUCACCAUCAUCAAAACCAUUUGCACUUGCUGCGACUUCGUCGGCUUCACCUUCCAAAUGUCCGACGGUGUUCUCAGACUUGUCCUCUCCAAGACUUGCACCGAUCCCUCCUCCUGCAUCUCGGUUCUUGCUUUCUGUUACGGAGAAGGUCUCUCUGGCGAUAACACGGAUGACCAUGGAAAGGUGUAUGAGUCGAAUCAGCUCGAAAACGGCAGUCUAUACGUGCGUUUAGACAUGCCUGGCGUUCCCAAAGACAACUUUGCUGUCACAGUCGCUAACGGGAUAGUGAAGGUGACUGGUCAAGCUCCUUCCGUUAGCCACGACUCUGCUGGUCGGUUCUACUCUGGUGACGUGGCUAUGCUCUCCGCUCCUGUCAACAUUCCUAGCCGUCGGAUCAAAACCAUCGCCAAGAACGGUGUGAUUCGCCUCCUCAUCCCUCCCCUUUGAUUUCAUGACAUGCAUGUUUCUAGACCUUUUUGUUGGGAUUAAGCGCUUUGAUGUUUUUUUUUAAAUUUCGACUACUUUUGGAUAUGUUGCAAAAAGAGACAUUACUUUAUUUUGUGUAACGUCCUACGCUU